AUGUCCAAGGCACAGUUCUUGCGAGAAUACAAAUUGGUCGUCGUCGGCGGUGGUGGUGUCGGCAAGUCGGCGUUGACGAUCCAAUUCAUCCAGAGCCACUUUGUCGACGAAUACGACCCCACCAUCGAGGACUCGUACCGCAAGCAAUGCGUCAUCGACGAAGAGGUGGCUCUGCUCGACGUAUUGGAUACAGCAGGUCAAGAGGAGUACAGCGCGAUGAGGGAACAGUACAUGCGAACAGGCGAGGGCUUCUUGCUAGUGUACAGCAUUACAUCUCGCAAUUCGUUUGACGAGAUCUCGACAUUCCACCAGCAGAUCUUGCGAGUCAAGGACAAGGACUCGUUCCCCGUGAUUGUGGUGGCCAACAAGUGCGAUCUGGAAUACGAGAGGCAAGUAGGCAGCCACGAGGGACGCGAAUUGGCAAAGCACUUUGGAUGCCGCUUCAUCGAGACAUCAGCCAAGCAGCGCAUCAACGUGGACGAGGCGUUCAGCAACCUUGUGCGCGAGAUCCGAAGAUACAACAAGGAGCAGACCAUGGGCCGUCCCGGGGCGACGGGUGCCGCGACCGGGUCAGGUGGAAUGGAGCGAUUCCAGACAGAAGAGGGCUCGCACUCGAAGGGAUGCUGCAGCAGUUGUGUGGUGCUGUAG